UGCUUUACUUGCUGUGCUAAACAACCUCCCUAACGUUUGUUGUUAUUUUUCAUGUGAGAAAGCUCUGGUUGGUUGCGUGCAUUAUGCUCUAAUUCCGUUCCUGUUUUGUGUUCCUUGUGUUGGCCAAGGUGGAAUGGAAUCUCUCUGGUUUUUAUAACUCUGUCCCUCUUUUUUGCCUCUUCUGAAAUAACCCCCCACUCUCUUUCUCUCUCUCUUUCUCCCUUUAAAAAGAGAGAGAACCCACUCAGCGUGCAAAUAAAAAGACUUAAAGCAAAGCUAGUUUACAACCCCAUGCUAUUAUAGCUCCCUCUACUACACCUUUGCUUUUGGAGUCAUUUUUUCUUGGUGGGGUUUCUGUUGAGCUGUGAUAAUAUUUCUGCUUCUCAAAUCUUAGUCUAUUCAAAACCUUUGAAGGUUUAUUGUAGUUUGUUUAGUUUCUCACCUACCUAAGGUUGAAGCUUCUGGGAAAACCUGUUUAUUUUUCACAGCUUAAAGAAGUGGUGUUCCAUGGAUUUGAGCUGUGGUUAGACCUUGAAGGGUUUUGUUGCAUUUAUUUGGUGAAUAUCAAGAAGAGCAGAAAAGGGUGUUUUUCUUUGGAGUUUCUUUUGCAAAACUGUGUUUGUUUUGUGGUUUAAAAAGAUGGAUGAAAGGUCAAGGAAUGAGGUUUCUCCUCAGCUGCUGGAUUUGAUUCCAAAUGAGAGAGAGUGGCACAUGAAAAAAGGUGAAGGAGGAAAGUCCUCAGAGGAGAGGAAGCUGGAGCUGAGGCUUGGUCCACCUGGUGUUGAGGACUGGUCCCUCAAUGACAAAAUGAAAAACACUCAAACAGAUCAUGAGUCUCUACUCUCUCUUGGUUACUACUCUCCCAUGAUGCCUCAUUCAGCAAAACUAAGCUCCAACAAUGGUUUCCAUAGCUACCAACACCACCACCAGGGUAGUAAAGCUACUUCAUUUCUUCAUCAUACAUCAUCACAAACCUGUGGCCCUAAGGUGGUAGAGUUGCAGCAGAACAAGGGUAGUGAUAAUAACAACAAAGUGUUCUCUUCUCCCUCUUCUGCAAACACAGCUGUACCCAACAGCUCUCAGAAAAGAACUGCCCCUGGUCCAGUAGUGGGUUGGCCUCCAAUUCGUUCAUUCAGGAAGAAUCUUGCUAGUAGCAGCACUUCUUCUAAGCCUCCUCCUCAUGAGUCCCAGAACCAGCAUGAUAAAGGUGAUGGUAAAAAACCUGUUAACAACUAUGGUAAAGGCAUGUUUGUGAAGAUCAACAUGGAUGGUGUUCCAAUUGGGAGAAAAGUGGACCUCAAUGCCUAUGGCAGCUAUGAAAGUCUCUCCUCUGCCGUGGAUGCGCUCUUUAGAGGUCUCCUUGCAGCUCAACGAGAUGCCUCUGCUGGUGGAGUUCACAACAAGCCAGAGGAAGAGAAAGCAAUUACAGGUUUAUUGGAUGGUAGUGGAGAGUAUACUCUAGUUUAUGAAGAUAACGAAGGAGACAGGAUGCUUGUUGGUGAUGUACCGUGGCACAUGUUUGUAUCAACAGUGAAGAGGCUGCGAGUUUUGAAGAGUUCUGAGCUUUCUGCCUUUACCUCUGGCAAUAAGCAACACCACACCACUUGACUCAGCAAUGAAGUGAAAUUAAGGCCUUUUACUUCACUGCAUCAGCUUGAAGAUAUUUCUAAUUUUGAUGUUUUUGUCUGAUGAAGGUCAUGGAAUGAAACUAGUGGCCUACAUUGCUAUCUAAGUAAUGUGGAUGAAUGAAUGUGUUUUAAUUUUUUGUAAUGAAGAUGAAGAUUUGAAAUGUUUAUGGAUUGUAUAAAUAGGGAAGAAAAACUUCACAGAUGUGUGUACACUCAUGAUUUACCUUUGAUGAGUAACCAUUAACUCGGGUUUUGGUUUGUA